CAUUCGUCAGCUCUCUUCUAUCCAUAAACAGAUAUAUUCCCAACCCUAGCCCAAACCCUAGCGCUCUCUGUCUCUCUCUCUCUCUCGCAGAUGUCGCACUUCGGAAGAUCUGGUCCUCCAGAUAUCAGAGACACCUACUCUCUCCUCGUCCUCAACAUCACUUUCCGAACCAGUGCAGAUGAUUUAUUCCCCCUCUUCGAAAAAUAUGGAAAGGUCGUCGAUGUCUUCAUCCCCAGAGACCGAAGGACCGGUGACUCGCGGGGAUUUGCAUUUGUUCGGUACAAGUAUGCUGAUGAAGCCCAGAAGGCUGUUGAGAAGCUCGAUGGACGCGUUGUUGAUGGUAGAGAGAUAAUGGUUCAAUUUGCUAAGUAUGGGCCGAAUGCUGAACGAAUUAGUCAUAAAGGGAGGAUAAUAGAAUCAGAAUCAAAGUCAAGAGGCAGGUCAAGAAGCCGCAGUCCUAGGCCAAGGUAUAGGGAUGAGUACAGGGAUCGGGAUAACAGGAGGAGAAGUCGCAGCAGAAGUAGGGGUAGAUAUGACCGUGACCGGCACCGCGGAAGGGAUAGAGAUUAUCGUCAUCGAAGCAGAAGCCGCAGCGGAAGUCCUGAUUAUCACAAAGACCGUGGCAGAGGCAGAUAUGAUGAUGAGAGGCUCAGUCGAAGUCGGUCAUAUGGAAGUGCCUCUCCUGCUCGUCGUAGCCCUAGUCCUCGGAGGAGCCCCUCUCCACGCAGGACACCACCAUCUAGGGGUGGAAGUCCUGAUGAGCGCAAUCGCAAAGUACGCUCACCUACUCCAAAGAGUGUUUCACCACGUGGUAGAGCUGCUGAUUCUCGAAGCCCAUCUCCACGUUCUGAUGCUGAUGAAUGAGAUAGUGAUAUGCUAUGUGAUGGAUCUUUGGCCCGUAUUUUGCUUCGUGUUCUGUGUUUAGCUGCAACUAUUCUGGAGGAGGACAUCUUCAGAUUUUCAAUGUUAUAAUCAAUAUAAUGAGUGGUAGAAUUGAUUGCCCGAGGCAGACUUUUUAAGGUUGACUAUUUUGUUGUUAUGCUUGAUGCAUCCUUUAGUUUGAUGAUAACUGGAUUAUAUUUACUUGUGAUGGACCAUGUACUGGCCUUCUAUAUUGUGUCCGGGAAGAUUGAAUGUAGCUGGCUGACUAGCUGAUGAUGUAGCAGCAGCUAUUGGUUGAUGCUGUUUUUACUGUGCGGUUGGUUGAUAUCAUUUCUUGCUGGUUGCCAAGUACCGUGUUUUAACAAAUUUACUCUGAUGAUGUAUCAUUGGAGUCUUAGUAGCUGUGGUGACAAGGGUCGGAGUUCACAUCCCUUAACAUGUAGCCGAUGCAGUUAAACUGCAGGACCAGAUCAUAGCAUAAUGCUGAUUCUAAUAUGAACCUGAUAUGCUGUGAUGUCUAAUAUGAACGUGCUAUGCUGGGAUGGACAUACCGUAGUGCUGAUUCUAAUAGAACCUGCUCUGCUGGGCUGGACAAAUCUUAGAUGAGCACUUGAGAUCGUGACUUGUAGAUGUGAAGUGAUAGCCGAUAUCUUUGUAGAUCGGUUGUUGCUGCACUUUUUGCUGAUAGCUAUUGAAUCUGGUGUCACCAUUUUUUAUGUUGAUGAGUGGUGCUUGGUUUGGUAGCUGUGCUCCGCUUCGUUGCCUUCCAGUACAUGUCGCUGAUGCUGAAUUCUAAAUUUUGGUAUCCUAGCCCAAUGCAUUGUUCUGGAAGUUAACUUUUGCAGUGAUAUCCAAUAUUUGUCCAUCCUGUCGGGAAGUGUGUUGUAUGUUCCUUACACAUGUUGAUCAUGCCAUCUCAACUUAUGCUUUAGCUGCAUUAUGUUGGAAUCUAAUUGCGCUUAUCUGGGGAUGGUUCAUAGUUUUGGACUAUUUUCUCUCAUUAAAUAUUAAAUUUAUUGGUUUGCUUUUUAUUGCAAAUGCUGAAAUGUUGAUUU